AUGACACGGUCCAAUUCGCCGGUCCAUAAGCCGUAUAACUUAUUCUAUCGCUACUUUCUACUGGAAAAAUCACCAACCUCCACAUUACCAGACUUGGUAACUGAUACAAAUAUUAGAACUUCAAUACAACAGCUACGCCAUCACAAAUGGACUAGAGGUGAGAUGUUUCACUAUGGCUUUUUGACAUCGACUCUAGUGUUUGUGUUUGCCAUAUACCCUGCAUCCAUAAUCUAUAAAUUACCCGUAAUAAUUGCAUUAUUGACCAUUCUUUCCGUACCCAUGACCUCGCAAUUCUUCCUUCCUGCAUUACCUAUCUUGACAUGGCUUGCAUUCUACUUCACAUGUGCCAAAAUUCCUCACGAUUGGAAACCUGUUAUCUCCGUUAAGGUGCUACCAGCAAUGGAAACAAUAUUGUAUAGCGACGACUUAUCCAACGUCUUGGCCAAAGGUCACAACACUCCCUUGGACAUCUUGGCUUGGUUGCCCUAUGGUCUAUUCCACUUUGGCGCACCAUUUGUGGUUGCAGCCAUAAUCUUUUUAUUCGCGCCACCAACAACCUUGAGAUCCUUUGGAUUUGCAUUUGGAUACAUGAAUUUGAUUGGUGUGAUCAUCCAAAUGUCCUUCCCUUCAGCACCACCUUGGUACAAGAAUAAAUACGGCUUGAACCCAGCCAACUACUCCAUGAGUGGUUCACCAGGUGGAUUAGGAAGAAUCGACGAGUUGUUGGGCUUUGACAUGUACACUACCGGAUUCAGCACGUCGCCGGUGAUAUUUGGAGCAUUCCCAUCAUUACACUCAGGAUGUUGUAUUAUGGAGGUCUUGUUUAUGACAUAUCUUUUUCCACAACUCAAAUGGCUUUGGUUUUUCUACGCCUCAUGGCUAUGGUGGAGUACAAUGUACUUGACUCAUCAUUAUUUCGUAGACUUGAUUGGAGGUGCAAUAUUAUCAUUGAUAUUUUUCAUCUUUGUCAAGUAUAAGUACUUGCCUAAAGUCAACGGCAGAAACAGAUGGUCAUACAAUUCAUUAGAAUAUAAUGAGAUUCCGAAUUUAUAG